AAAAAUGGUUCCCCAUUUCUUUUUCUGAUCGGUUUCAGGUUAACUGUUGGGAUAUGGAAUCUCUGGAAGGAUGACAAAAAUGAACAGAAUAAGGGAAUACCCUCUUCUGUGGUCUCAGAAACAGCUACAAUAAAUGCGACUUUGCUGGAAGUGCGGUUCUUCUAGCUAGGGUUUCACGAAUAUUAGCCACUUCUUUAUACCACUAUACCUACACUUUCUCUUCACUUCUUUUACUUUAACCUCAAAAUUUUUUUGUGAGUUUUGCUUUUCUCCAUGUUCCUUGACCUAUGCUGAAAGCUCCACGAACUCUUUGUCUCUCUGCACACAAAGGAUUUGUCAUUCUGAGUGGUCAAAUUAAAUUUUCCACCACAUUAAUAAUUUAAUUUGGUUCAUGUUGUAUACAAUAAGCUAAACCAAUUAUUUUUCUGUAAGAUCCAUUUUCGAGCUCGCGGAUCAAUUAAUUCUGAUAACACUGAAUCCUUUGAAGUUUUAGAUUGUGGGUUUUAACUGUUUGUUAAAAAUCUUAUACUUUCCUGCUUUAGAAAGAAUACAAAUUAGAGUGAAGCGUUUCUUGAAGACGUCUGUUUCUAAUUUUUGGAGAUGGUGAGGGGAAAGGUUCAAAUGAAGAAAAUUGAGGAUGCAACAAGCCGUCAAGUGACCUUUUCAAAGCGUCGAACUGGUCUUGUAAAGAAAGCUAACGAGCUAUCGGUUCUUUGUGAUGCACAAGUAGCUGUGAUAGUCUUCUCACAGAACGGAAGGCUCUAUGAGUUCUCAAGUUCUGACAUGACUAAGAUUUUGGAGCGAUACCAUGAAUGUACGAAAGGUGUUCCAGCCAAUAAGUUUGGAGAGGAUUAUAUCCAGCAACUGAAGUUUGACUGCGCAAGCAUGGCAAAGAACAUUGAGCUUCUUGAACUUUCUAAAAGGCAGCUGCUGGAACAAAACGUGAGUUCUUGUUCUUAUAAUGAACUGAAAGGAAUUGAGGAGCAGCUGCAGAUAAGUUUGCAAAGAAUCAGGCAGAGAAAGGAUCAACUAUAUAAGGAACAGAUUGAGCAACUACAAUCCCAGGAGAGUAGCUUGGUCAAAGAGAAUGCAAAAUUAAGUGCAAUGUGGCAGAGGGAAAAAAAGACAUCCCAGAAGCAGCAAUGGGGAGCAGAAGCCGAAGCAGCAAGUAGCCACGCUUUUGAAGUCGAUACAGAAUUAUUUAUUGGACUGCCAAAGCAGCAUUGCUGAUUAUAUAAUGUGCACAUAUAUAUAUCAAUCUAAUAAUCAUUUUGCAAAAUGACAAAUCUCAAUGUCUCACAAAAUAUAUACCCCUUCCUCAGUAUAUAAUCCUAUAAAAUAUAAAUCUCCAACCUUCUCAAGCUCAUCAAUUAAUGUUCAUAUAAUUCUUUAUUAUAAUAUGGGCCGCUUUGUUUGUUCUUAUUCAUUAGAAUUUGAAAUAAAUAAGGACAUUAAUUAAGAGAAAAUGUAGUAUGUAUGAAUAGAGAAGACACAUGUAAUGGAGUCUUUUCAACAUUCACUCCAGAUAUCUGUAUUUGUUUACUAUAUCAUAGUGAUGUUCAUCUUCUA